AUGCUUUGCCUUUACAGGACCACUAUAAAUCUCCUUAUAAUUCAUACUUCCCCUAUUUCACUCUUAUUUUGGAAGCAUCUACGAAUAUCUUUUUUUAAUAUUAUGGACAAACUAGACAAGUUAAAAGAUAUAAAGAAAUCAAUUCUCCGAAAGAGUGCGCAAGGUUUUAUCAAACAGGUGAAGAACGCUAGUUCUGCUGAUGAAGAACGAAAAUUAAUUGCUACUGAGAGUUCUUCUAUUCGUAACGAUUUCGCUCAGUCCGUAUCUGAAUCCCUCUGCGAAAACCUUAAGAAGUUGAUAUUUAUCUACUUGCUUGGUUAUCCGUGCUACUUUGGACAAAUGGCGAGUAUCCAAUUAAUAAAUAUGACUGGAUAUGAAGAAAAGCGCAUAGGUUACUUAGCCAUGAGUCUAUUAAUCAAUGAAUCAAGUGAUCUUCUCCUUCUGACCGUGAAUUCGAUAAAGAAUGACAUAGCCAAUACAAAUCCGUAUAUCGUGAGUCUCGCUCUGACUUUCUGUGGUAAUUGCUGUUGUGAACCCCUUGCCCGUGAUGUUUUUCCAGAAAUAGUUCCUUUUAUGCAUCACGAGAAUCUAUACAUUCGCAAGAAAGUUUGUCUGUCGAUGAUCAAAAUCAUAUCUGUUGUUCCUGAAUUAAUUGAUGAUAUGAUCAAAUCGUUACCAACCUUAUUACUCGAUAAUGACCACGGCGUAUUAAUUUCUGGUCUUGAUUUGUGUUUCACCUCAUUUUGUAGCAACCCAACUCGCGAUUUCGACUUCCGCAAAAUGGUUCCCAAUCUCGUGAAGCGUCUUCGUACGGUAAUCGGCGGGAACGGCAAAGCGGAAUGUAUGGUGGGCAAUGUUCCGGACCCGUUCGUCCAAGUCAAGAUGCUUCAGCUGCUCUGUUUGCUCUGUGACGACGACAAAACCGCAGCCGACGACGUCAUCGAUGUGAUCAGCCUUAUCUAUUCGAAGGCGGAUAACAGCUCGGUCGCCUGGACGGUGGUGUUAUACGAGUGCAUCCGCACGAUGCUGUCGUUCAACGUAUCCUCGACCCAUCUGAUCGAGGCCGCCGGGAUUCUCAGCAAGUUCCUCCAGAACAGCAAUCCAGAUAUCCGCUUUGUAUCGCUCUCCCUCUUCCUCCAAAUGGCGUACAUCGACGAUACCGUCGUGUCGAGACAUCGUUCUCUCGUGUUGGGAUGUCUGCGUGAAGAGGACCCGUCGAUUCGACGCCGCGCAUUGGAGCUUCUCAUCGCCCUCGUGCGACUCAACACCGUGGAGAUCAUCGUUUCCGAGCUUCUCCAAUAUUUGAGCGAAGUCGUGGAUAGCGAAGAACGAAGAGACGGAAUCUCCAAAGUCACCUCGCUCGUUCAGCAGUUCGCGCCGUCGGCGAUUUGGCAGGUCGAUACGCUGCUGGAGCUGCUGAAACUCAACGGCGACACGGGCAAUGAGGAAGUGCUGUCCACGCUCGUCGAUGUGGUGAGUCACGAAGACGACGCUCUUGCGUCUUACACGGUGCAUGUGCUGUUUAACGACAUUCGAACGGAGCGAAGCCAGGUCGCCUUUGUGCAGACUGCGCUGUGGUUUAUCGGAGAAUACGGCGAUUUGCUUCUCGAGCCUUACUACAAUCCAUCUGCACCUUCUUCUUCUUCUUCUUCGCGAAAUGCCAGGAAUCAAAAGAAGGGUGUGUCCUCACCGACUCAUUUCGACGCUGUGCAGCCCAGCGCGAUCGUGGAUCUCCUCUACGACUUCCAGAACGAUCGUCAUUGCAGCGAAGAGACGCGUAUGAUCCUCCUGACAUCCGUUCUGAAGCUCUCCGACCGCUUUGACUCCAAUGAUUCCGGCGAACUCGGCGAGCUCAGCGAGCUUCCGAAGAUCAUGGCGGGCUUCGAAGCGUCGCAGGAGUUGGAAUUGGCGCAGAGAGCGUCGGAGUGGGAGUGA